AUGUGUGGGUGCCGUUACAAAACAAAAUAUGUUCGAUUUGUUAUUCGUUAUCAUUUAUUUAUAUUUUGUUGUACAUUUAUAAUGAUUAGCGUUUGUGUUGCAUUUCUUAUUUAUAAACGUGAUGAAAUUAAACUACAAUAUUUGCUCAAGGGCUUUCAAACUCACGGAACAAAAAUUAGUGAUAAUUAUAGAAAAUUAAUAUCAAUAUUUCGUCAAACACAAUUACAACAUCUUUUUCCUACAUCUCGAAUACCGACAGAAGAGAAGAUACCAAUAAAAUUGUAUAAUUAUUAUAAACCAAACGUUAGUCCCUGCCAUAAACGACUGUAUAUGCCAAGAUGUUCGAUUGUCAAUUAUACACAAAUAACAUAUUCAAUGCGUGAAAUGUAUAGUUUAUUCGAUUUAAUACCAUUCAAAUCUCUUUGUCAAUUUGAAUAUCAAUUACAAUCAAGUUUUAGGAAUACUAAUAAUGAUGGUGAUGAUGAUGAUGAUAAUGAUCAAUGUUGUCAAUUUAUAGGACCAGUGGGUAUUUUUUUUGACAAAUGUAUUGUUUCAUCGAACAUAUGUGAAAAUCUAACUUAUUCUCAAUUAGAUGAAUAUCGCAUUCAUUGGCAUGAUUGUUUGUCAAAUAAUGAAGAUAAAUGUCCUAAAAAUUCUCCAUUAUAUAAUUAUAUUCAUGCUCAAACAAUAACAAGAGAUGAUCAAUCGUUUUCAUUUUAUAUUAGUACCGAUAAUGAUACAACAUAUUUAUUAAAAUUAUAUAAUUAUAUGACAAAUAUUAAUUAUAAUAAUGAAAAUUUAAAUUAUUUUUAUUUAAUCGAUAUUCAAUACAGUCAUACAGAAAUAUUAUUAAAUUAUUUAUUAAUUAAAAAUUUCCAUUUAAUAUUAAUAUCAUUAAUAAUUUAUAUUCUAUGUUUAAUAUUGUUUGUCAAAAAUUUAUUUUUUACUCUUAUUGUUAUUGUUCAUUUAUUACUAUCUAUUUUACUUAGUUUUAUCAUCUAUUAUUUUCUAUUUCAAUUUCCAAUUACAAUUUUAAAUUAUACAAGUUUAACAUUACAUUUAUUUUUAUCAUUAUUAGAUUCUUAUCUAUGGUAUAAUUUAUGGUUAAUUCAUAGUCAUAGAAAAGAUGAUUGUACAAUACAACGAAUUAUUGAAAAUAUAAUUACACAUACAUUUCAUCAUAUUAUACCAAAACAGAUCACAACAAUAUCCGCUUUACUUAUAUCUUAUACAAAUCAAUUAAUAACAAUUCAAUGUUUUACCGUAUUUUCAUGUAUUUUAAUUCUUGUAUCAUUAGUCAUCUCAUUUGCACUCUAUCCAGCUUCCUUUGUAUUCAUAAUACGUUAUCAUCCGUCAAUACCAACAUUUGAACGUUUUUCACAUAUACAUUUUUUAUCAACAAUGACAAGUUGUUUAGUUGAUAAAACAAUUCCAUUAUUAAUAUUACGUUUUAAAGCAUUUUGGAUAACUAUUCUUAGUAUUAUUGCAUUUAUUGCUCUUCUAAUUAUUUUUCAAUGGCCAAAAUUACAAUUUGAUAUUUGUCAAUUAACAUUUAAUACAAUUCCACAUUCUCAUUAUCAUCGAACAAAAUCUAAAACAAUAAAUAAUUUAAAAACAAAUUUUGAUAUUGAUAUUACAUAUUAUAUUGGAUCAAAUAUUGAAUUUCCAUCUGAAUCCUAUUUUAUACCAAAUAAUGAUUAUCCAACAUCAAUUGGUUGGAUUGAUGCUAAAGUACCAUCACAAAUACAGACACCAUCAUUUGAUAAAUCAUUAAAAUCAAAUUUAUCAGUUUUAUUAAAUAUAUGUAAUUAUAUUGAUAAACAUUCAAAUAGACAACGACGAACAAUAAUAAAAUCAUAUCAUAAAUAUCAUCGACAUAUACAACCAUAUCAUUAUGAAUUAUCAAUGAAUGAUAAAUUAAUAAUACAAGGAUUAAAUAAUUCAGAAACAAUUUUAUUUGAUGAAAAAUAUAAUAAUCAAAAUAAAUUUCCUAUUACAUUACUAACAUAUAAUUGUUUUGGUGAUACAUUAGAAAUGCAAAUGGAUUAUAAUCAAACAUUAUUUUUAAAAUUAAAUACGUCUCAAACAUGUGUUGAUCUUCCAAAAUGUUUAUCAAAUCUUAGUGAAUAUAUUGGUAAUUAUUCAUCUGUUUGUUCUGGUUGUUAUUCCUAUUAUUUCUAUCGUCAAUAUAAACAAAAUGAAUUAUUUUUAAUGAAAAAUGGUUUACAUUAUCUUCGUGGUGAUGAUCAAUCAUAUUAUUUAUUAUAUUCAUUAACAUAUCGUCUAAAUGAAUUUGACUCAAAUAGUCUUUCAUCAUGGUCACAAUUAAAUAAUUAUUUAAAUACAAAUUUUAUAUAUAAAUAUUUAAAUUAUUUAUAUCAUAUCACUGCUACAAAACAAAAUAUAUUUUUUUCUAGUGAAUUUUUUUCAUCAUUUUCAAUUAUGGAACAAUUAAUAUUUCAUAGAAAUAUUUUAUUAUCUGUACAAUUUGCAUUCAUAUUACUUUUUUUAUUUUUAUUUACCGGUUUAUUAGGUCUUUUUGUAACAAUAACAACAAUAAUUAAUUUUCUAACAUGUUUAGGAUUUUUUACAUUAUUUCAUUUUAAAUUAUCCAUUGAACAUUUAUCUUAUUAUAUAAUUACUCUAGUUAUUUGUCUACAUUAUUCCGUAUUAUAUUCUGUAAAUUAUAAAUUAGCACCAACAUUAUUUUAUCAACGAGAAAAUCGAUCAUUAUAUUCAUUAAAACAAAUAUUAAUGCCUUUAAUUCAAUUUACAUUAUCUGUUUUAUUUACAUGUUUAAGUUUAUUAUUUUCAUCAUUACCCUAUUUAUAUUCAAUUGGAUUUACCUAUUUAUGUUGUUCAUUUUGUUCAUUAAUUUAUUCAACAUUAUUUUUACAAUCAUUAUUAUGUUUAUUUGGACCUGAAGGACGAUUAUGUAUUUGGCCAUGUCCUCGACUUGUACAUAUUCCUCAUCAGACUCAAAGAAGUGGUGGUAUUACAGGAACAAGUAAUUCAUCAGGAAGACAUUAUAAACAUCAUCGAAUGUCAACAUCAUCUUAUUUUGCAUCACUAUCACAUGUAUUAACGAGUUCUACUUAUUUUGAAAAUGAAUUUAAUCAAUUAACAGAUUUACCAUUAUCUCGACGUCGUGAAAGUUCUCGAAGUCAACAAUAUCAACAACAAAUUCCAUUAAUAACAAGUGAAUUAAUUGAAUUAUAUUCAUCACCUCGAACAAGUUUAUCUCCACAUCAACAAUAUCGUUAUUCAAGACAAUCAUCAUCUAUUUCAACUAGAGGUUUAUCAAUUACACAACCUCGACCACUUUAUGUUCACACAUCGCAUUCUGUAUCACCACAUUCACAUUCUCAUAGUUCAAGUCGACAACGAUCUCCAUCACCACAAAUAAUUUCCAUAAUGCAACACCGACAAUCAACACGAUCUCCAUCACCACGAUCGUUAAUAACAAAUGUUUCAUUAUUAAGACCGUGUGCAUCAGCACCGAGGCUACAUGUUCCAUCAUUAUCUUAUGUGCCUAAAUCAACUAUUAUCGAAUGUGUCGAUAAUGGUGGUGAUAGUAAUGGUGAGGGUACAAAAAUAAAAACUCGUCUAUUAACAACACAAACACAACAAGUACAUUAUACAAAAAAACAUCAUGAACACGAUGAUUUAGAUGAAAAUGAUAUAUCUGUUAUAACAUCAAUGGAUGAUAAUAAUAUAGAAAAGAAAAUGAUACGUCAAAAUGCAUUUAGUACUAUAUCAUCAAUAGAUAGUAUGAUGACAUCUGUAGUUGAACAAAAUAUUGUUAAUAAUACAAAUGUAACUACAAGUAGUAGACGAGCAGUUUUAAAAACAGAUUCAUCUCCAAUAUGGAUAAAACGCUCGAAUAGUAGUUAA